AUGAUACCGUCAGAACCUCUACUCUGGUGCGGUUGCUUGGCAUUGGCCAUCUUAUCUGAUACUCUAUCACCCUUUUCAGAGGCCACACUACCCUGCUUGCUAUUGCUGAGUGCCACCACCUGUCGUGGGUGUUUUCUAUUGGCUUCUUGGAGCCCCACCAGCAAGAAUAACCAAGGGAGAAUAAUAUGGAGGAUAUCCAAGGAAUGUGUAAUUCCAGGGAUAGAUGAUCCGGGGGUAUUCAUGAGUCUUUUGCUCAUGCCACUCUUGUGUAUCGCCAUAGGCAAGGCAAUACCCAAAAACUGGACUGAUCAGGAACCAGGUUUGGCGGAUAUUUGGUUCUUUUAUGCCCUCUUUAUCAGCCUAUCCAGUUAUGUGGCCUGGGAAGACUCUCUCUUUGGGAAAAGCACAGCAAGCAAAAUUGGAUUUGCAACUGUUUUGGGGAUUGUGGCCUUAAAAUUGUCAUUCGUGGCUCAUGCUGCUGGACAUGCCACUGCCAUAUUGGUACUGGUAGUGUCCUGGAAUGCAUUGUAUCAUUCCAUGCAAGACUUUCUACCAAAAUCAUUCCAUGGAGUUUUUACACAAGGAGAGUGGAUGGUUGUCACCAGUUUGGCAGCUAUUGCGGUCACACAUUUUCUGCUGUUGACACAUCUCAUUAUUCAACCCCAUCAAUCCUCCAAUAAUAAAAUUGGCAAAACAACGCACACAAUUGGCCAUGCUACAGUGGCCAUGUCAGGACUCAUUUCGGCAGCUAUCACAUGUCCCAUUAUGACAAUCUUCAAUCAAUACACACUGCAGCCUAGAAUCUCAGGCCUCAGUGCCAAGGAAAACAACAAUCACCAUGAGCUCCUCUACCUGCUUCUACAGCUACCCAUUUGGUUUUGCAUGCCGUUGGCGGGCGUAGAAGCACUGGUAUCAAAAACCACUGCAGAACAAAACUGGGGCAGCACCGACCUUAUUCAUGGACAGAUCACAACAAUGCUAUCGAAGGUGUAUAUUCCCACUGCUUACAUUCCCCAAUGCAUGCUCUGGCUGGUCCAAUUUCUUCGAGAAACAGAAGAAUCUUCCUGCUUGCCAUCCUCCACCAUGUCCUUGUUGCCACAAAUCCCACGCUAUGGCUGGCUCCUCUAUUGGGUAGUCGUCUUGGCCUUGUCCAUUCCCUUUGCUCCCGAACCCAACAACGACAAACAAAACUCCCAUUCCGUGGUACUGGCACGUAAAUGGUUUCAUGGCAUUGCCAUACUGCUCUUUGGUCCCGUGACCAUUGCUGCACCCCAACUCAUGUCGCUGUCCUAUGCCAUUGCAUUGGCCGUUUUGAUGCUGUUGGAAAGUGCUCGUGGCACCUUUCCCAUAAUUGAACAAUUCCAUCAACGCUACCUGGAUCCAUCCAAAGAUUCCCCCGAUGCUCUGGUCAUUAGCCACAUGGCCUUGAUUCUGGGAUGUGCCUUGCCAUUGUGGAUAUUGGAAGUGUUGCUGUCGUCGGACAAUGAUGAUGAUCAUCAUGGCAAGAUGACGAGUUUACCUGCCGACACUAUUCUGCUUUUGCAGCUUUGGGGUAUUUUGAGUUUGGGAAUUGGGGAUUCCAUGGGAGCCAUUGUGGGCGUGUUGAAGGGACGCACUCGGUGGUCGCAGCACAAUUCCCGAACCAUUGAGGGGAGUUUAGCCAUGUGGAUAAGUCUCAUGGUUUCCUGUGCCUGGGUGCAUUGGUUCUGUGGUGUUCAGAGGAGCAACACGGUUUCGUUUUUGGGGCAAUCUACUGUGACGGUGACCGUGGUGACGCUGCUGGAAGCCCACACCUCCCAAAUUGACAAUCUGGUCUUGCCGUUGGUUGGGGCGGCUGUUUUGCUCAUCAUCCUGCAACCACAUUGA